AAUCACGCUGAGAAUCGCCGUCGUCUCGCCGAAAGUUGUCGCCUUUAAGCCGUUUCCGGCCACACCCAUUUCUUGGAGUUCCCUUCCCAUGGCGGUGGCCGGAGCGACGGAGGGUCGAGGCUGUCCCGACUUCUCGGCGCUGCCCGAAGGGUGCAUCGCGAGCGCCGUCUCCUUCACGAGCCCACCCGACGCGUGCAGGCUCGCGUCCGUCUCGUCGGUCUUCAGGUCGGCGUGCGACUCCGACGCGGUCUGGGCCUCGUUCCUGCCGCCGGAGUACCGCUCGAUGGUCCACCGGAGCGCUCCGUCGCUGAAGGAGCUCUACUUCAGCCUCUGCGACGACCCGGUCCUCGCCGGCGACGGCAAGAUGAGCUUUUCGCUGGACAGGCACAGUGGGAAGAAAUGUAUCAUGCUUUCAGCGAGGGCCCUGUCUAUAAUAUGGGGUGAUACUCCGAUUUACUGGUCAUGGACUUGCAUGCCCAACUCCAGGUUUGCAGAAGUGGCUGAGCUCAUCGAUGUAUGCUGGCUCGAAAUCAAAGGCAUGAUUAGUUCUUGCAUGCUGUCGCCUGGAACCCGUUAUGCAGCGUACUUGGUAUUCAAAUUUGCCAGAUGGUCUUAUGGAUUUGAAUUCCAGUCUGUUGAGGUUGGAGCUGGAUUUGCUGGUGAUGAAGCGGGCAAGCGUGAGCGUUUUGUUUACUUAUCUGGAGAGAGCAACACGGGCAGACGGCGGACCAGGCGGAGACUUAGAUCGAUGCCGCCAACGUAUGCACCUGCUGAGGGUAAUGGGAACUAUCCUAAAGAGAGACCAGAUGGGUGGUCAGAGAUAGAGUUGGGCGAGUUCUUGACAAAGGAAGGAGAAGAUGGGAAGGUCCAAAUGAGCGUCAUGGAGACGAAGGGGGGUAAGUGGAAGAAAGGGCUGAUUGUGGAAGGGAUCGAAAUUAGGCCCAAAGCGGGGAUAUAAGAGUGCCCUUUAUGCAGGGCAUCAGUAAGUUUGUAUGUACCGUCCGUCCCUUGUUUAAUAGCUUUUUCUCUUCAAUGUCCUUUUAUCGCUUUUUCAGUAGCUUUCUACCCAAAUCAGAAAGCGCUCUUGUGAUCUAUAUCCGACUUUAAUGUAAGUGGGGAAAGCAUAAUAUUGUCAUGGAGCGAUGCCUUAUGUGGAAA